AUGAGCAAGAAAGACUAUCUUGGCAAAGACUUGGAUGGCUUAAGGUCAGUCCAUGAUAGCCAGUUUCAAGGUUGGUUUGUCCCAAAGAGAGCAGAGAAAUGGGAGAUACAAGUUCCAAAAGAUAAUGAAGACUGGUCCAGACGGCUCAAACCGAGAAUUGGCGUCCAGACCGUGCGGAACGGCCGACCGAGGAACAUCCGUACCACGAUUGGCCAAUGUCCGGACACUCCGUCCAUCCCGCCUGAACGCAUGGCCAAGCUCACGUACCGAUCCGGGAAGCAUCGUCCCGCGGUCGACCCAUUCAUAGUCCCGCACCAUAGGCCGCGCACGACCGCACCGGGCGAGAAAGAGGGCAACGCCUCACGACCGUGCGGCACAACCCGUGCCACACGCACGACCCAUCCGUCUGAUCAGGAAGGCCUCGUCCCACGUCCGGCCGAAUCUCUCGACCAGUAUCAUCCGUCCGGCCGAACCCGACGAACAAACGAAAAAUCUCUCGGCCACGAUCGACCCGACCCUGCCGACAGCCGAUCAUCACCCGAUAGCCGGCCGAACGUCCCGACCGACCGUCCGAACGGUCCGGUCGACCCGAAGCCGUUUUUGAAGCCCGUUUCACACAUUUCAAGCCCAAUUACACUACCGACUUAUUAG